UGUCUUCUUAGUCUUACCUUCUUCUGUCUUGUUCAAUUCUUAGUUCAUUUCAAUCCUCGUUUCUUUACUCUCUCUCUCACUAUGGUUUUGAGAAUCCAUUGAUGUAUUCUACAUUACAUUACAUUAUAUAUCAUUCAUCAAUUUAGACUAUGGACACAAUGUUGGUUCCUAAAUGGCUCAAACCACUUCUUAGCACACCAUUUUUCAAUGAGUGUCGGAUUCACGCCGACGCCGCGAGGAGUGAAUGUAACAUGUUUUGUCUAGAUUGCAAUGUUGAUGCCUUUUGCUUCUAUUGUCGUUCUUCAAAACACAAGGAUCAUCAAGUCAUUCAGAUAAGACGAUCUUCAUAUCAUGAUGUAGUGAGGGUGGCUGAAAUUCAGAAAAUGUUGGACAUUAGUGGAGUACAAACUUAUGUGAUCAAUAGUGCUAGAGUUUUAUUUCUGAAUGAGAGGCCUCAACCAAAAUCUGGAAAAGCAGUUCCUUACAUUUGUGAGAUUUGUGGAAGAGGCCUUUUAGACCAAGUUCGUUUCUGUUCUUUGGGAUGUAAGCUUGUAGGAAUAAAGAGAAAUGGGAAUGCAAGCUUUGUUUUAGAUGCAAAUAACAAUGAGGUAUCAACAAUGGAAGAAGGAAUGUCAAGACAACAAGAAGAAGAAUUGCGUGAAGGCUCACAACAAGGCAUGUAUCCAGCAACUCCUCCAACACCUCCUUCAAACGCAAGAAGAAGAAAAGGGAUUCCUCAUAGAGCUCCUUUUGGACCCUAGUCAUUUUAUCAGAACCGACUCGUUUAUAGUCAAGGAAUUCACGCAUUCACGCAACAGGACAUCGAUGACCGUGUAAUUAAGAUUGAUCAGAAUCUGACAAACCGAUGUCACGAAAACGUGAAUGCGGUAUCCAAACCGCAAUCAUCCCCAUUCCUUAAAAUUGGUACAUACUCAAAAGUCACAAUAUUUUUUCUUUCUUUGAAACAAUUGAUUUAAAUUAACCCCUCUUUAGGGGAAUCUCUUUUGUGUAAUUAAUUGUUUUUUCUUUUAAAGAAAAAAAUUAUAUAGGCUUUGGUGGUUGGAGAGGAUUCCAGUUGUCCAUUGUCCAUGAAGUGAGAAAGUAAAGAAAAAAAAAUGAAAAGGGUAUAUAGGAAAGUUCCUUCUUUUGGGGUAUGGGUGUGGAAAACAACAAAUUCUCCCUUGUGAAGAAUCAAUAAUGCAUAUAUUUCAUAUUUGUUUAAUGUUUGAUAGUUGCAAGUGUAUAUAUGUCAUUAAGCAAUCAAAAAGCAAUGCUUUGUGAACUCCGUUUCAUAGUUUUUGAUGA